CGUCCCAGCGGCGCGAUGGAGGCGGCAGGGCCGGCGGCGGGGAUGGAGGCGGCGGCGGGCGAGGCGGAGGCGGAGGCGGAGGCCGCGGUGGCGGCCGAGGCGCUGCGGCUGCUGCGGAUCGAGCCUUCGGCCGCGGGCGGUCCCAGCGCGGGGCGGGCGGACGGCGCGGAGGAGCCGUGCUCGAGGAACGCGCUGCGGAAGCGGCGGCGCUGGCAGCGGGUUCUCGCCGCCCGGCGCGGGAAGCGGCGGCAGGAGCGGCAGCGCCGCCGGGCACGGCGGGCACCAGCGGACGGAAUCGGCCCGGGACCGGCGCUCGGCAGCGGAAGGGUCCCGGCCGCCCUCGCCACGGAGCGGCUGCUGGAGGCGCGGGCGGCGGGCCCGCGGCUCUGCGUGGACCUCGGCGUGGGCGGCAGCAUGACCGAGAAGGAGAGUGGCCGCCUCGCCUCCCAGAUCCGCAGGCUUUACGGGGCGAACCGCCGCGCCGCUCGGCCCUUCUGGCUGUGCCUGACGGGGUUCGCGGCGGGGACGCCGAUUUACGAGCAGUGCUUCCGCAUGAACGACGGCUUCGCUGGAUACCUGAUGGAUACAACUCCACAGAGUUACCUGGACCUGUUUCCUUUGGAUGCCAUUGUUUAUCUCACUCCUGACUCUGAGAACGUCCUUGAAGACAUCGAUCCGGACAAGGUGUACGUGCUGGGAGGGCUGGUGGAUGAGAGCAUUCACAAGCAGCUGACCCUGCGGCGGGCACGGGAGCAGUCCCUGCAGACAGCCCGACUCCCCAUCCGCGAGUACAUGGUGAAAGCCCCCAAUGCCAGGAACUACCACUCCGAGACACUGGCCAUCAACCAGGUCUUUGAUGUCCUGUCCACCUACUACAACACACGGAGCUGGCCGGCAGCCCUGAGGGCUGGAGUUUCCUCUGGAAAAGGCUAUGUGCUACCAGAUACAGUGGAACAGGUGGAGACAGCCCAGUGCACCACUGCUGCCCAAGAAAAUGCUUUAUUUUGUGGUGAGGAGCUGCAGAGGCAGGAAGCACCAGCGUGACUGUGCACAGCAGACAGCUUGGUUUCCAGCAGUGUGAGGACCUUCUUGGAGUGACACCUUCUACCUCAGGAGUGUAGUGCUGGACAUCCCCAUCCCCUUGAGCAGGAAACAAAAGCUGGUGGAGCCUGCGAUCAAGUGAAAACUGACAGGAAUUCAGUUUUGCUUCUUUGCAGCUGUUUGUGACUCCUGUACCUACACUUGCUCUGGGAUGGGGAGGAGAGCCUUAAGGUGUUUUCUUCAUUUUAUUGAAACAGAGAAAGGUGAAGUUAGGAUUGCAAAGCUUAUGGGCAAGGAAAACCCCCUACCAUGGGACAGGACAGUGCUGCUCCUGCAGGAGAGUGCGGGACAGGGAGCAGCUCCCAAGGGCACUAUGUCCCAACAACUUAAACCCAGUGAAGACUAGGUGAGUUGUUGAAGCCUUUGGCUAGUAGUAUGCAUCUAAUACAAAAUAAAAUGUUUAGAUCCCCA